AUGGGUGAAUGUCCUGUACACCCUAAGCCCGCCAACGUCGCCGGCGGCGGCACCAGGAAUCGUGACUGGUGGCCCGAGGGCCUCAAGCUGAACAUCCUGCGCCAGCACACCGAGGCCACCAACCCUCUGACCAAGGACUUCGACUAUGCUCAGGCCUUCAAGAGCCUGGACUACUACGCCCUGAAGAAGGAUCUCCACAACCUGAUGACCGACUCUCAGGACUGGUGGCCCGCGGAUUUCGGCCACUACGGUGGUCUGUUCAUCCGAAUGGCCUGGCACAGUGCCGGUACCUACCGUGUCUUCGACGGUCGCGGUGGUGGUGGCCAGGGCCAGCAACGGUUCGCCCCGCUGAACAGCUGGCCCGACAAUGUCAGCCUGGACAAGGCUCGUCGUCUGCUGUGGCCCAUCAAGCAGAAGUACGGUGACAAGAUCUCGUGGGCCGAUCUGCUACUGCUCACUGGCAAUGUCGCCCUCGAGUCCAUGGGUCUGAAGACCUUCGGUUUCGCGGGUGGUCGGGCCGACACCUGGGAGGCCGAUGAGUCCGUCUACUGGGGUGGCGAGCGUGAGUGGUUUACCAACAACGUGCGCUACCAGGCGGAGACUGCCGACCAGGAGAAGAAGCAGAGCGACAUUCGCACACGCGACCUCGAGGACCCACUCGCCGCCGUCGUGAUGGGUCUGAUUUACGUCAACCCGGAGGGCCCCGAUGGCAACCCGGACCCCGUCGCGGCAGCCCGCGAUAUUCGUGUUACUUUUGGCCGUAUGGCCAUGAAUGACGAGGAGACCGUUGCGCUGAUUGCCGGUGGUCACACCUUCGGUAAGACUCACGGUGCCGGCCCCGCUGACAACGUCGGCAAGGAGCCGGAGGCCGCCGGUCUCGAGCAGCAGGGUCUCGGCUGGUCCAGCACCCACAACACCGGCAAGGGCAAGGACGCCAUCACCUCCGGCCUGGAGGUCACCUGGACCAAGACGCCCACCAAGUGGAGCAACAACUUCCUCGAGUACCUGUUCAAGUUCGACUGGGAGCUCACCAAGUCCCCCGCUGGCGCCAACCAAUGGACCGCUAAGAAUGCCGACGACCUCAUCCCCGAUGCCUUUGAUGGCAGCAAGAAGCACAAGCCCAAGAUGCUUACCACCGAUCUGUCUCUGCGCUUCGAUCCGGCCUACGAGAAGAUCUCCCGCCGCUUCCUCGCCAACCCCGACCAGCUGGCCGAUGCCUUCUCCCGGGCCUGGUUCAAGCUGCUGCACCGUGAUAUGGGUCCCCGUGUCCGCUGGCUCGGCCCUGAGGUUCCCCAGGAGACUCUCCUCUGGGAGGACCCCAUCCCCGCCGUCAACCACCCUCUGAUCGACGUCGAGGACGUUUCCGACCUGAAGCGGGAGAUCCUGGCCUCUGGCCUCGAGCCCGCCAAGUUCAUCUCCACUGCCUGGGCCUCCGCCUCGACCUUCCGUGGUGGCGACAAGCGCGGGGGCGCCAACGGUGCCCGCAUCCGCCUGGCUCCCCAGAACAACUGGCAGGUCAACAACCCUGCUCAGCUGCGCGAGGUCCUGAACGUCCUCGAGGACGUCCAGCGCCGCUACAACAGCUCCCAGACCGGUAACAAGCGUGUGUCGCUGGCCGACCUUAUCGUUCUGGCCGGUUGCGCCGCCCUGGAGAAGGCCGCCGGUAUCCCCGUGCCCUUCACGCCCGGCCGCAUGGAUGCCACCCAGGAGCAGACCGACGUCGAUUCCUUCCAAUGGCUCGAGCCCGUCCACGAUGGCUUCCGCAACUACGGCCACUCCAGCACCCGCGUCCGCAGCGAGCAGAUGCUCGUCGACCGCGCCCAGCAGCUGACCCUGACCGCCCCCGAGAUGACCGUCCUGGUCGGUGGUUUGCGCGUCCUCGGCGCCAACUGGGACCGCUCCAACCUGGGUGUCCUGACCCAGCGUCCGGGCCAGUUGACCAACGACUUCUUCGUCAACCUGCUGGACAUGGGCACCGAGUGGAAGUCCCUGAAUGCCAACAACGACACCUUUGAGGGCGUCGACCGCAAGACCGGCAGCAAGAAGUGGAUCGCUUCCCGCAACGAUCUGAUCUUCGGUCACCACGCUGAGCUCCGCGCUCUGUCCGAGCUGUACGGUAGCCAUGACGGUCAGUCCAAGUUCGUCCGGGACUUCGUCGCUGCUUGGGAUAAGGUGAUGAACCUGGACCGCUUCGAUGUCACCUACGGCUCGACCAUCUCCGGUCGUCCCGCCCGCCUGUAA